AUGAAACUAGGAAUCUGGGCUGUGGCCGUGGUCUUGUCAAUUUUCCACAGCGUGGCGCUUUCACAAGAAAUUACCAAUCACACUUGGCAGAUACAUCCUCGUGAAACAAAUCUUACGGACCUCACUGUUUUAACAGAUAUCAAAUACACGGUUAUUAACAGUCCUAGUGUUAUUGUGCAGGGUACUUUUUGGAAUAACGGCAGUUUUUUCGUCUUCAACAAUGAAAGGCCUAUUCAGUUGCAAGUAAAAGGACCCGGGUUCCACAAUUUCGGAACCAUCUCUUUCAACUCUAUUUCCUAUGUCGAAGAGGCUAGCUAUGCUAUUUGGGCUGGAGGUGCGUUUUGGAACUCUGGCACCAUAUAUUUUGAUGCGUGUAAAACGCCAUUUGAAGAGGUGCCUUUCAUUAUCAGCUCCACUAGAUUAUGGUAUAACGAAGGCCGAAUGAUUUUUAAAAAGACUGCAGGGUCUAUUGGCGAGCUAUUUGCUGGAGGAAGAUCUGUCAAAGACAACUCUUUAGCCAUUACCAAUCAGGGUACAAUUUCUUUGUACAAUACCCACUGGGGCGUGCAGACAAACAUCAAUGGAAAUGGCUGUAUCGUUGUGGGCUCCGGUUCAAGACUCAACUUGGAUUUUGCAAGUGGCGCUCCCAGACUAUUUACCUAG